CCGCUUUGUUCUCUUUCAUUCUGCGACCGUCUCAUGAUCUCGCCGCGGUGUGUCUUCGGAGACGGAACUGGGGGGCCACUCCGCUCUGCCGAAGGGCACACACAUGGGCUCAUUGCCUCUUCUCACCCCCCGAGCGUGGGACUUUCCCUUCUUUCUUCCUCCCGUGUCCUCCUCAACAAGAACGACAGCAAUGGACUCGCGCAAAGAGACUGAGUGCAUCAACUCGCCCAUGGAGGAGAUCAACAAGCAGGCCAGCUCGGUGCGGCCGAUGCUUGUCUUUGGCACAGUCCCUUGCGAUUGGCGCGACCCCGCGUCGUGCCCAACGCCAAUCCCCUCGCCCUCGCAGGCGCUCCCCGAACCCUGUGCUCCCACGUCUACGCCAGUCCGUGAUCCUGGUGCGCCGGCCCUGAGGAUCUCCCUGGAGCUGGGUCCUACUGCCGCGUUGCCGAGUGAGAUCACGGCGCGUGGUCCUCGUGCGCCAGUCUCGAGUGGGUCUCUUCACUACUCUGGUCUCGGCCGCUCUCUGCUCUCUUGAGGACCUCGUGGUUGUGCUGACGCUCGGCAAACCUCAAAGGCUUAUUGGGGAGGCCAGUGGACACGUUGCGGAUCCGUGUGGCGGCCUGGCUGGACUCGCUCGACCCGUCGCUGAGGCGUGAGGUCAACGUGUCGAUGAAGUCUGCGAGCGUGUCGACGAGGCCUUCAGACGUGGCGAUGAGGCGCCAGGACCUGUCGCUGAGGCCCAACGUCACCG